GUAUCGAAAAUGAGUUUAAUUGAUAAAUGUCAUCUGUGAUUCUUUGAUUUUGCCAGUUUAGUACUAACAUACGUAUUGAUCAAAUAAUAUACAAACGGGCUACCACCAUGUGCGAUGGUAUCCAGUUCAUUAGCGAGCACGAUCUUAUUAGAUAAGGCUUAUGUGGCUGUAGGUCGAUCAUGAUCAAAUAUCACACGAUUUUUUAAUAGUUUCAUUUUGAUCGUAUCUAACAAAAAUUCAGAAAUCAGGCUACAAUUCAGCAUAUUUCUGAUAUUUUAUUCAUUUUCUCUAUAAGUAUAUAUAUAUACAAUUUAUAAUUUCUAACAAGUUACAACAAUUUAGCACAAUAAAACAACUGAAUAUACGUAUAGUAAUCAAAUAGUUGACUAUACCUCGAGGUAAGAGGACAUCAAAGACAAUAUGAAUGACUGUUUGUUCCAGAAAACCGAUAAAAGGUAGAUGAGUCGUAAAUAACACGUGUUAACUCACAUGUUUUAUCACCUUUAUCAUACGCGUGUUGUUCUUGAUUAGAAUUAGAUAAUAACGAAGACAAUACAUGUGAGUUAACACGUGUUAUUUACGGCUCAUCUACCUUUUAUCGGUUUUCUGAAACAAACAGUCAUUCAUCCCUAUCCUUUCAUAUUGUCUUUGAUGUCCUCUUACCUUGAGGUAUAGUCAACUAUUUGAUUACGUAUAUUCAGUUGUUUUAUUUUUGUGCUAAAUUGUUUCGACUCAGUUUUCAUUUAAAGUAUAGAAAAAUCAUAAUCCGUCAAUAAUCAUCGAUGAGUAAAACUGUUCUUACUGGUAAAUUCGGUAACAAUGGAAAUAACUAAUAACGCUAGAAUACGUGCAACUCAGAUAAAAAAGACGGUAAUAGUGACAUGUCGUCGUGCUGGUAAACAAAGAACGAUUGUAUAAUUAGUGAACUACUCACUUACUGGUGCAACAUCCGGUAUUGGCUAUCAUUUAGCACAAUUAUUUGCUAAAGAUCGUUAUAAUUUAGUAUUAGUUGCGCGAACAGAACAGGAUUUAUUGAAUGUUAAGGAUGAAUUAAGAUAUAAAUUUAGUGCAGCAGUUAAAAUUAUUCCAAAAGAUUUAUCUAAAAUCGGUGCUGCACAAGAAAUAUUUAAUGAAACUCAACAACAGGGUAUUCUUGUUGAUGUUUUGGUUAACGACGCUGGUAUUGGUGACGUAGGCUUCUUCUGGGAUAUACCAUUUGAAAAGGAUUUAGAAAUGAUUCAGUUAAACAUUAUUGCAUUGGUUCAUUUAACGAAACUAUAUUUAUCGGAAAUGUUACAACGUAAUGAAGGAAAAAUACUUCAAUUAGGUUCAGUUGUCUCAUCUGUACCAGCUCCACUGCAAGCUGUUUAUUCUGCAACAAAAGCGUUUGUUUCAAAUUUUACUGAUGCACUCAUUAACGAAUUAAAAGAUUCCAAGGUGACAAUGACUCUUCUAUCACCUGGACAAACUCAAACAGACUUUUUUAAUAAAGCACAUGCGUCCGAUACAAAAAUAGCUCAACCAGAUUCAACCGACGAUCCAGAAAAAGUGGCUGAACGAGGUUAUAAAGCAUUAAUGAAAGGUCAACAUCAUGAAUAUGGUAGUACGAUGAGAAAAAUACAAGUUGGUGUUAGUCAUAUAUUGCCAAAUGAGUUGACAACAGCACAAUUAAGGUCGGAUAUGAAAAAAGUCGAUAAAUAG